GACAGAGGGAGAUGUCGGCGGCUCUGGUGCUGCUCGUGCUCAUUGCGCGGUCACUGGGGGAGUCUGUGAGGAAAGAGGCGGUGCUGCCCGACAAGUUGCUGGUGGUGACAGUGGCCACAGAAGCCACAGAGGGAUACCUGAGAUUCCUGCGCACGGCCCGACACUACAACUACACUGUGCGAACUCUGGGUCUGGGGCACGAGUGGAAGGGGGGAGACGUCGCCCGCACAGUGGGGGGAGGACAGAAGGUGAGAUGGCUCAAACAUGAACUGGAGCAGCACAAAGACCAGGACCAGCUCAUCAUCAUGUUUGUGGACAGUUAUGAUGUAGUAAUAGCCGGGACCCCCACUGAGUUGCUGUGGAAGUUCCAGCAGUUGGAGCACAAGGUGGUCUUCUCUGCGGAGGGAUUUUGUUGGCCUGAAUGGUCCCUCGCUGAGAGUUACCCCCCCGUCAGCAAUGGGAAUCGAUUCCUCAACUCUGGAGGGUUCAUUGGCUUUGCCCCCCAGAUCUAUGGGAUGGUUCAGUUGUGGAAGUACAAGGACAAUGAUGAUGAUCAGCUGUUUUACACCAAAAUUUACUUGGAUGAAUCACUGAGAGAGAGGUUUAAUAUCGCUCUUGAUCACAAGUCCAAUAUCUUCCAGAACCUAAAUGGAGCUAUAGAUGAAGUUGUGCUGAAGUUUGAGAGGAAUAAAGUGAGAGCUCGCAAUGUGGCUUAUGACACUAUUCCAGUUGUGAUACACGGAAAUGGACCCACAAAGUUACAGCUGAACUAUCUUGGAAAUUAUGUGCCAAAUUCGUGGACCCAUGAGGGUGGGUGUGAAGUGUGUGAUGAUGAUCUCUUCGACCUGUCCAUGUUAGAGGAUGAUGCGCUGCCACAUGUCUUGCUCGGGGUCUUUAUUGAGCAGCCAACCCCCUUCAUGUCUCAGUUCCUGGAACGACUGGUGCAGUUGGAUUAUCCCCGGAAUCGCCUGUCGCUCUUCAUCCACAAUAGUGAGCUUUAUCAUGAGAGACACAUCCAGACUUUCUAUGAGAGGCACAAGGACAGAUUCACGACUAUUAAAAUCGUGGGCCCCGAGGAAGCCAUGAGCCAAGGGGAGGCCAGAGACAUGGGCAUGGACCUGUGCCGGCAGGACGAGACCUGCGACUACUACUUCAGUGUGGAUUCCAACGUGGCUUUAACUAACCCUGACACCCUGUAUAUCCUGAUCCAGGAGAAUAAGAAGGUGAUUGCACCCAUGGUCUCCCGCAGUGGCAAACUCUGGUCUAACUUCUGGGGAGCCCUGAGCCCUGAAGGCUACUACGCCCGAUCUGAAGACUAUGCGGAUAUUGUCCAGGCGAAGAGGGUUGGGGUAUGGAAUGUACCAUACAUUGCCAAUGUUUAUCUAAUUAAGGGGGAGACACUGAGGGCUGAACUAUCAAACAAGAAUAUCUUCACGUUGCCGCAGAUGGACCCAGAUAUGUCUGUGUGUAAGAGCAUUCGGGAUAAGAACGUGUUCCUCCACAUCAGUAACAGAGACGAGUUUGGCCGUUUACUCUCCACCUCCAAAUACAACACGUCCCGACUGCACAACGACCUGUGGCAGAUCUUUGAGAACCCGCUGGACUGGAAGGAGAAAUAUAUUCAUGAGAACUAUUCCAAGAUCUUUGAGGAGGAUUAUUAUGAGCAGCCGUGCCCAGACGUCUACUGGUUCCCCGUCUUCAAGGAAAUAAUGUGCGACGAGUUUGUGGAAGAGAUGGAGAAUUUCGGCCAGUGGUCGGGCGGCAAGAAUCAGGACCAGCGGCUAGCGGGGGGCUAUGAGAAUGUGCCCACUGUGGACAUUCACAUGACUCAGGUUGGCUACCAGGAGGAGUGGCUGAAGUUCUUACAGGAAUACAUCGGCCCUGUCACAGAGAAGCUCUUCCCCGGAUAUUACACCAAGGCCAAGGCUCUGCUGAAUUUCAUUGUACGAUACAGACCAGAUGAGCAGCCCUCGCUCCGCCCCCACCAUGACUCCUCCACUUUCACUAUCAACAUCGCCCUCAACAAUAAAGGGAUCGACUACGAGGGCGGUGGCUGCCACUUCCUGCGCUACAACUGCCGAGUGGAAUCCCCCCGUAAAGGUUGGUCCUUUAUGCACCCCGGCCGCCUGACUCAUUACCACGAGGGUCUCCCCACAACCAGAGGGACCCGCUACAUCAUGGUCUCCUUUGUAGAUCCCUGACCCCACAACCCUCGACUCUUCUCUCCUAAACUGCAGGAUACUGGCAGUCAGUGAUGGGGUCCCUGUGCCUCGCCCACAAGCAGCAGGAGGGCUCCAUUCACUAUAAUCAGGGGGAGCGCUGUUCCUCAGUACAAGGGGGUUUUUCUAUUCACAAUCCAAUCUCAGUACUUGAGUAACUACUACUCACAUUCUUCCCUGUUCCUGGGGGGGGAGUCCAUCACUCACCCCUCUCAUUUGUCCAAUGCCAGUCCUCAUCCUCCCAGAACUUCAUUACAUCCCCCCUCCGCCCUUCCACAAUGGACUGGCCCAUUUUAACCAGAACUGAUCGGCAGAGAUUUGGAGAGAAAUCUGUUAGUAGAAAAUGAAUGAGAUGCAGUGGGCGGAGCAUGAGGGAGAAAUGGGGCGGGAUAGGAAGGGGAUUUGUUAGAUAAUUUAGGGGUUUCCAUGGGGAAAUGAUUGAUCUUCGCUGCUUUAUUACUCAACCAAAAGCAUUCGCUGCCUUCUGUAGAAAGUGCUUUAAAUUAUUGGUUCCGCCAGGUGACGAGUAUAAUGAGAGUAUUAGCCACGCUCUUUUGUAAGGUUUCAAUAAAAAUAUACUCCAAACUCCA